CAAAUAUCAAAUUCUACUUCCUUUUACUCAGAUGAAUAUCUUGAAUGGUAGAAGAGAAAACAUCAGUGGACUUGAUAGUCUGAAUGCUUCUGACAACAGAAGAAGCAAUUCUUAGAAAAGUAAGUUUGAAAUACAUACCUGAAGAUGAACAACUCAAUGACGUUUGAAGAACAAACAGAACAAAUUGUGGAAGCCCUGUUUACUACUCUUUGCUUAAGGGAGCCAUGGGGACAAGUAGCUGAUCGAUGCCUGGAGCUCCACUCUGGAAAUGAAGUCCGAGCACAAGCAGGUGAUUCAGCAAGCAAUUUUGAUCCAGUUGGUAUUGCCAAGUUACUGCAGUCCACAGGAGAUCAGUACAACGCAGAAAUUGAGGGCCAAGUUCAGGCAGUGAUUGUAGAGGAAACCAGAAAAGAGAUAAAGAAAUUCAGAGAAGCAGUAGAAUCUCUCAGCAGGAAUUGGAGCAGUCAAACUCCUGGGCUAGAGCCUGAAAGAGCUUUUCUAAUUGUUGCUGUGAAGCUGUUUGUGAAAUUUAUAAAUAAAACUGAUGGAGAUAAUGGUCUGAUAAACAUACUCACAGAAACAAUCAACGGAAAUCCUGAAGUGAGAGGCUAUAUUGAAAGGCAAGGUGGUUGGAGUCAUCUUGAUAGAAGUUUAAACAACCCAUAGUUUCUUGGUUCCAAUAUGAAAAACCCAUCUGCUAUUUUGGAGGAAAUAGAACUUCGAAGCAAAUAGAGAGUUACUUCAAAACUGGAAAUGGAACUGCAAAUGAAUUGAAAAGGCUAUAUACCAUUCUGUAAAGAAACAAAAUAAAUUUAAUUAAUUAAAAAAAAUCAUAAUAGUUUGGUUGUCACUGCAAUUAAAUUGUU